AUGACACCAUCGGAAGACGCUACAUUUGCUCAAGGCAUGUUCGUGACGCUUUGGCCUAAGCUGGAACGUUGUCAUGACUAUGUGGAGAUGUUAGUUGCUGCUCAAGAGAAGCUGCAGAUUACUGUGGAUGAACUUAUUGCUGGUCUCAACGAGGCAAAGAAUGCGGAAGGUAGUGCGAUCGUAAGCUAUGCGGAUCGAAUUCGUAACUUCCCUGCUAGGGUUGAGAAACUACAGCAAAAGCUUGCUCGAAUUCACGACCGUCUAGUGGCCAUGAAAGAGUCGCCGAGUUUUCAUUUGUCGCCCACUCCAAAGUUCUCGAGUGAAGAAGCGGUACUCUUUGCCUCCCCUCUGUUUUAG